UCUCUCAUUAUUCAAUCCCUUUUAUCUUUCACCCAAUCUCUUCAAAUGAAGUUUCCCAAUCGUUUACCUGUUUUCUUCAUCUUCUUCCUCUCUUCCAUUUUCUUUUCGUUUGAACAGGGCAGGGCGCACACAGUGACAUUUUACUUCCGAAACAAAUGCCCAUUCACCAUAUGGCCAGCGACGGCGGCAAACGCCGGCCAGCCGAUUAUUGCCGACGGCGGGUUCACUCUCCCUUCCGGCCAAACACAGCGCGUCACAGCACCGGCAUCGUGGACCGGACGGUUCUGGGCCAGAACCGGCUGCAACUUCGGGCCUAACCAACAACACUCGGCUUGCGAAACCGGCGACUGCGGCGGAAAACUCGCCUGCAAGGGGCUAAUCGGAACCCCACCAGCGACACUCGUCGAAAUCACCCUCCAAGAAGACAAAUCGAAGCCCAGUUUCUACGACAUAAGCCUUGUCGAUGGAUUCAACCUCCCGAUUUCAGUCAACUCCAAACAGCCGAUUUCCCCCAAAUGCGCGAUUGGAAGUUGCGAGAAGGAUCUGAAUGAAAUUUGCCCAGAUGAAUUGAAGGUAUUGAAUGGGAAUGGUGAAGUCGUGGCUUGUAGAAGCGCUUGUUUGGCGUUUGGAUUGGACUCGUUCUGCUGCAGAAAUGCGUACGGAACGCCGGAGACUUGCAAACCGAGUUUGUAUUCGAGGAUGUUUAAGGAAGUUUGUCCCUCGUACUAUAGCUUUGCGUUCGAUUCGCCGGCGCCGUUGGCCAGUUGCUCCGCCAGAGAAUUCGUCGUCACGUUCUGCCCGGCGGGUUGGGGUAGCAGCGAUACGGCAGCGACGGCGAGAGAAUAGAAGUGGGUCGAGUGAUGACAGUCACAACCACGAGGAUGUGGAUCGGCUUUGGUUUGUUUAGUUGUGUUGUGAUGUUUAUAUGAAUGAUAAAAUCUUAUUUUAAUUUCAAAAACGUCUUUGAAGAAUCGGAAGGAAAAAAAAAACAGAGAAUAUGAUGUAGAACUUGCUAUUUUUAUUUGGUCCUAGGUUAAAUGUUAUGCUGUUAGUACUUUGCAUUUUGAGUUUGAUUUUUGUUGGUUUCAAGAUGUUGCACCUCAUUUGAUUUUUAGUUUUUAGUUUUUGAAAAUUAAGUUUAUAAACAUCUCUUGUACG